AUGAAUAGAAAUAAUGCUAAUUAAAGGUUACCAACCUAGGAGUAAGAAGUCCUACCUACCAUUUAAGGAAUGGGAGGUAAUGGAUCUAGAAUGCACACUGUAGGUUCUAUGAAGGAAUCUGAUAAAAAAUAAGAUCCUAAAAAAGAAUAUACAUACAGCAUUUAAGGUGAUAAUAUAGUUGGAAAUGGUACAUUUGGGGUAGUUUAUUUCGCAACAAUAAACGAAACAGGAGAGACUGUGGCAAUAAAAAAAGUUUUUUAAGACAGGAGAUAUAAAAAUAGAGAAUUAUAGAUAAUGAAAGAAAUAGGCAAUCACCCAAAUGUUAUUAGUUUGAGAAAUUAUUUUUAUAUAUAUGCAGAUGACAAGUAAGAAGAUGUUUAUCUAAAUAUUAUUAUGGACUACAUUCCUGAAACUCUUUAUAGAAUGAUUAAAUAUUUUGCUAAAAAAAGCAAAGGAAACUUCCCUAAUAUAUUACUUAAGCUUUAUUCAUACUAAUUAAUGAGAUCUUUAGCUUAUAUUUAGGGUUUAGGAAUAUGUCACAGAGAUAUAAAGCCAACUAAUGUAUUGGUAGAUCCUAGAAAUCAUGCUUUAAAAAUGUGCGAUUUCGGAUCAGCAAAAAAAUUAAACCCAUCUGAAACAAAUAUAUCUUACAUUUGCAGCAGGUACUAUAGAGCCCCAGAAUUAAUGUUCAUGGCUACAUAGUAUACAAAUUCAAUAGAUGUAUGGUCCGUAGGAUGUGUAAUAGCAGAAAUGGUAUUAGGUGAUCCUAUUUUUGCAGGAGAGUCUAGUGUGGAUCAACUAAUAGAAAUUAUCAAAAUACUAGGCACUCCUACACUUUAAUAAAUUUAGCAUAUGAAUCCAGACCAUCAACCUACUCAGAUGCCUAAAAUUAAACCUACCCCUUGGUCUAAGGUCUUCAAAAAUUGUAAAGUAGAUCCUCUAGCUAUAGAUCUCAUUUCAAAAGUGCUUGUAUACAGUCCUUAGCUUCGUUUAAAGCCCUUGGAAGCUUUAGCUCAUCCCUUUUUCGAUGAAUUAAGGAAUCCAUUAUGUAGAAUAAAUGGCUAAAAGCUUCCAGAAUUAUUUAACUUUACAUAAAUUGAAGUAAAUGGCUAUCCUGAUGAGCUUAUAAAUAAAUUGAUACCUGAUUGGUAUUCAUAAAUGUGUGCUGGAGUAGAUAAUAGAAGUUCAGAUGAUUCAAACUGA